AUGUCCCCUGCAAAUUCUUCCGCCAAGGAGCCUGUCAAGCAGGGUAACUGCAAGUUUGGAGCGAAAUGCGCUUUGGCACAUAUCCUACCCGAUGGCCGCCGGGUGAACAGGCCCAACGUAGGCAUGGGUGGCGGGGGAAACCUCAACCUGGGCGGCCGUGUUCAUUUCCCUCCCUAUCACCCGCAGGAUUCUGUUCUUGCAAAUUCGCUGUUGUCGCAGCAGCAACAGCAGCAGCAGCAGCAGCAGCAAAUUAACGGCCAUGGCUCUCGACUGUAUCCUUACCAAGAGGAAAUGCACAUGAUGCAUGACCAGACUUUACCCCCACCACCACCGCAACAGGUAUACGGUAACAUUCCAAUGAUCGAUGCUGGCUUUGAUACCAGCUCGAAAUAUGGCUCUCCGCCCGAAGAUGGUCGGCAUGCGAUGUCUCCAAUUGGUCGUUCUGCGCUGGAUGCCCCGCUUCCGGCCUCGUUUGAUAGCCAGGGAAUAUCCUACAUUGCCCGCCAUGGACCUGUCGCUUCCUCCGUCCCAUCGCGAUUUGGCUUUGAUCUGUCACCGACGCUGUCUCACAAGCCAGAUGUACUCCGCAAUCUCCAUGAGCCCACAUUCAGCUCGGAUUUGAAGAAAUUCUCCACUCUUAGUUGCUCCCCGGUUUUGAGUGGAGAUGAAAGUACUACAGCACGCAUAAUGCACUCCCAGCGUGUAUCAAGGCCCAAGAUGCUGUCAGCCAGUCUUCCUCGACCAACUGUUCUGGACGACUGGGAUGAUAAUUUUGCCAUGGAAGAGGAUUACCUGCCUACAAAUCUUCAUGAUGAUGUACUAACACCGCAAGAGAAGAUGCGCCGACUUUCGCGUACAGAAAGUGACCAUCAUAGCUUGAGAGAUUUGACCGGAUUAGGGCUGCCACUCGCUGGAACUACUAAAGUGGGCUCACCUUUGGCAUCCAGUCCCUCCCGAUUCGGCGCGCUCUUCGCCAAACAACGCCAAAGAAAAGAGGAAGAGGGCCAGUCAGCGCUAGGCCACGUUGGAUCACCCCUUCGUGAUCCAGCACUCAGCAUGCGCUCCAGUCCCGGUAUUCGCCCAAUAGGCAGCCGUCCUAGCUCAGGAGACAUCUCUCCAUUUAUUUCCAGUCCCAGCCGUCAGUCAUCAAUGUCAAUGAUCACACAACAACUGAGUGGCACAUCAUUACACCCCAGUUCUGCACGCCAUGUGUCCGCAUCUCGUCUCGAUCGCGCCAUAUCGUCGCCUGUGAGCACCAGCCGGAUUGAUGAGGAACAGGUAGACUUGGUAUUUUCCAUGGAAGAAGAGGAGAACAAGCGAAACAAUUCUGCCUGGGCCGUAAAUAAGGCCGUUGCCGCAGAGGGAUCUGCUACUUCUCGAGAGCCCGAUACUUCUGCCGCCACUACCUCGACCCCCAAGGACAUUGUGUAUAAGAAACGCGGUUAG